ACCUACCAGUCUUCCACUGCGAAAUUAUUUAAAACAAGAAGAGAGUUACAGAGGAAAACGAUUACCGAUCGUUUAGGUAAAAAGUGAUAUCUACUUUUUUAACCUCAUCAAUAAAAAGUUGACUAUAAAUAAACAACAUUACUAUUUCCUCUCAUAUCUCUCCCUUGCCAGACGGCGUUGCCUUACAAAAAUCUGACAAGAGAAACAGAGGGAGAGCUUUCAGACCAUAUCUUAUUUUACCAUUCUACCCUUCAUAACUGAUAACUGCAAACACGGUUUUGUCUUCUUCAUCCUUCUUUGUUUUACAUUUGUAAUUAGUAACAGAAAAAAAAACUCAGACGAAGAGAUAAAUGAUCGACACUGGAAGAUACCUUAUCGGCGCCGCCGGUGUUAGCGGCUUCGGCUCGAAAUCCACCGCCGAUGAGGUAACCGAGAACUGCGACCUUCGUUCCACAACAGCGAUAAUCACCGGUGCGACGUCGGGGAUCGGAGCGGAGACGUCGAGAGUGCUGGCGAAACGAGGAGCGAGGUUGAUAUUUCCGGCGAGGAACGUGAAAGCGGCGGAGGAAGCGAAAGGGAGGAUCGUCUCUGAGUUUCCGGAGACGGAGAUCAUCGUAAUGGAGCUUGAUCUCAGCUCCAUGUCUUCCGUACGGAGCUUCGUCGCCGGUUUCGAAUCUCUCCAUCUACCUCUCAACCUUCUCAUAAACAACGCAGGCAGAUUAGCACAUGAACAUGCAAUAUCUGAAGAUGGGAUCGAGGUGACCUUUGCCACCAAUUAUCUUGGCCAUUUUCUCUUGACCAACCUGUUACUGAAGAAGAUGAUCCAAGCGGCAGAAGAAACCGGAGUUCAAGGAAGGAUCGUUAAUGUCACGUCCGGUAUUCACGGUUGGUUUACCGGCGACUUGAUUGAAUAUCUCCGGCUGAUUUCCCAACCUAAGUGUCAAUUCGAUGCGACACGUGCGUAUGCUCUCUCGAAGCUUGCCAACGUUUUGCAUACCAAGGAGCUCUCUUCUAGACUCCAGAAAAUUGGAGCGAACGUGACGGUUAACUGCGUACACCCAGGGGUUGUAAAAACCCGGUUAACAAGAGACCGGGAGGGCUUAUUGACAGAUCUCGUCUUCUUCCUGACAUCCAAGCUUCUUAAGACCGUUCCUCAAGCAGCAGCAACGACGUGUUAUGUGGCAACGAAUCCAAGGUUGGUGAACGUAUCGGGAAAGUACUUUACGGACUGCAAUGAAACGACACCGUCUGGACUCGGAUCUAACUCCUCGGAAGCUACCAAGUUAUGGGCUGCUUCUGAGAUUCUGGUAACUCAACAUCCGAAGGCCGCUUUCGACCCAUUUAACUAAAGAAAAACUGAAGUAGAUAUCUUAUUUUAUAUCCCCGUAGGAAAAAGAUAUAAAUAUAAUUAGCUAAGAAAAAAUAUUAUGAAGUUCAGUUAAUCCUCCGAACUUAUACUGGUAUCAAUCUCUUAACCAUAUGUAGAUGAUAUAUAUACUAGUUUUCUAUUCUAUAGUACUAAUGCGAAACUGAUGUACUUUAUAUAGUAUUUGUUUAUAUUAAUCUAAAUGAUAUGAAAAUUAAUAUAUUGAACUUCUUUUUCAUAGUUCUUUCUUCUUUGAUUAAUUGAUCAUAUAUGAUGUAAAGCUCAACUUGGACUAUUAUACUAGCCUUAAUAUAUUAAAAGAUAAGUGGAAAAUCAUAUAGUGUCAAUCAUUAGUUUUCGAAAGUGCUCCGAAGUUAUGCUCAUAUUUUGAUUGACAUAAUUCUUGUGAUUAACACAUUUGGACUGAUCUGAUAGAUCUCUCUUUCAUUUUACUUAAAUAAUCUUUUUGACAUUGACUAUUUCGUAUGUCCAUGUGCCUGAGGUACCAAAAAAAGAGUUAUUAACACAAAUGAUCACUUUACCGGUUUUUAUUACAUCCAAAACACAUUAUCCUACCAAGACACUUUCCAAUAGUUGAAGACCCAAUUUUCCCUGGAAAACUAGAUAAGGGCAUUUAGGUAAAGUGAUAUUUGUUUUUGGUUAGGUUGGUUAGAGCAU